UUACAGGUCGGUCACAUGCGGCCUGUUUGUCCCGGCCCACGGGGACAUGUGACGCAGUGGGAGUGGGGGCUUUCUGUGGAAAGGUCCUGCAGGCGGAUCGGGUGUCACCAGCUGAGAGGCGUCUAUAAAGGAGCGGGCGGACCGGGCCGGGCCCAGAAUAGAACGCAGAGGACGGCUCUCAUCACAGCCACAGACAUCAUGGACCUACAGCGGACGAGCUCGGUGCUGCGGCCCCCCAGCCCCAUGGACAGCCUGGAGAAGCAGCUCAGCUGCCCCAUCUGCCUGGACAUGUUCACCAAGCCUGUGGUCAUCCUGCCCUGCCAGCACAACCUGUGCCGCAGCUGCGCCAGCGACCUCUACGACUCCCGCAACCCCUACCGCUUCUCCGGCGGCGUCUUCCGCUGCCCCACCUGCCGCUUCGAGGUGGUGCUGGACCGGCACGGCGUGCACGGCCUGCAGCGCAACCUGCUGGUGGAGAACAUCAUCGACAUCUACAAGCAGCAGCAGGAGGGGAAGGGCGAGAGCACGGACGGCCUGAAGCCCAAGGAGUCCAAGGAGCCCAUGUGCCAGGAGCACGAAGACGAGCGCAUCAACAUCUACUGCCUGAGCUGCCAGCUGCCCACCUGCUCCAUGUGCAAGGUGUUCGGCCAGCACAAGGACUGCGACGUGGCGCCGCUCGCCGCCAUCUACGACGCCCAGAAGGGCGAGCUGAGCAACGCCAUCGACGCGCUGGUGUCCAGCAACGGGCGGCUGCAGGCGCUGCUGCACCAGAUGGAGGACGCCCGCCGCGCCGUGCAGGAGAACGCCCAGCGGGCCAAGCAGGGCCUGGCCGAGCGCUUCGACCUGCUGUACGCCGUCCUGGAGGAGCGCAAGGCCGUUCUGCUGGAGCAGGUCGGGAAGGAGCAGGACGAGAAGGUGGCGGCGCUGCGGGCGCUGGCCCAGCGCUACGGCGAGCGGCUGCAGUCCAGCUCCGAGCUGACGGACACGGCCGUGAGGGCGCUGGAGCAGAGCGGCGCCGCCGAGUUCCUGCUGGCCUCCAAGGGCCUCAUCACCCAGACGAAGGACGCCGCCAAGGCCUCGCUGGGCGAAGAGCGGCCCGAGCCGGGCUUCGAGAAGAUGGACCACUUCGCUCUGUCCACGGAACACGUGGAGGCGGUGCUGUCUAAGAUGGACUUUGGAGCGGCGGACGACGAGGAGUUUGAAGACGCGGAGGAGGAGGAAUGAGGGGUCAGGGGUGAAAGGUCGCGCUGACGUCAGCAGAACUUUUUUUAUACUUUUCUAUUCUGGUUCAGAUCAGAUGUUUGUUCGUUUGCUUCUGUCUUUGCUCUAAUAAAGAUGUGUCUCUG